UUAGACACGGCAGUCAUCAGUGGGCACUGAGAGCUGGACGCGGGCGCUAUACCGGGUUGAYUGGGGUUUGAGCAUUUUGUUUUCUUUUUUUUUACUGGCAGCUGRGUUUACGACKACUUGCGUGCCAGCGAAUAUUAAAGAAAUUUUUUAGCAAACGAAAAAAAACAACAAACCAGUCACAUAAUCAUCACAGCUGAUUAGUCUCUCAGCAAAACAAACUGCUAAUUAUUGAUAAGAAAGCGUUGCUGCGUCUGAUUUCGUAUUUCAUUUGUCGAUUCAGAUCUUAGUCGCAACAACAAAAUGACAUCUUUGACUUUCUUCAGCCUACCAACACGCACGAUCAAUAAUGCACAGUGGCGUUGUUCCUCAUCUGCACUUAUCAAAUAUUUACGUGGCAAUGUACAAGACAAUACGUCUAAUCAGCUGGCCACAGCUGUGUUUGCCAGAAAGUUCAAUAGCUUAACUCCAAGCGGUAAAAUUCUUUGUGGAACACUAAAUCAGCUUACAUCUGUGGCGGCGGUUGCGGAAAAUGUUUAUAAUGACAAUCGUCGCAUUUCUCACCGAAAAAUGUCGAGUGUUCAGCAACCCAAAUUGGUGGCGGUCACCGAGUCCAAACGCUUCAUGACCGACUGCUUCCUGGCCGUCAACGUGCCCAAGAAUCAUGCCGAGGCCAUGGCCGACCUSCUAGUGGGAGCCGAUUACCGUGGUCACUUCAGUCACGGCAUGAACCGUCUCGAAAUGUAUAUUAACGAUUUGGCGAUCAACUCAACCGAUGGUGGUGCCAUACCCGAAAUUCUAAAGGAAACUCCCUCCACUGCGUGGGUGGAUGGCCACAAUGGUUUGGGCGUAGUUGUGGGUAAUUUCUGCAUGGAUUUGGCUAUAAAGAAAGCGAAAGCGGUUGGUGUCGGUUGGGUAUGUGCCAAGGGCUCGAAUCACUAUGGCAUCGCCUCAUGGUAUGUGCUGCGUGCACUGAAGGAGGGUUUAAUGGGYAUUACCACGACGAACACRUCACCACUGAUGGCGCCGACACGCUCAAAGGAGGCUGCUUUAGGCACGAAUCCAAUAUCAUUCGGUGCACCCGCAAAGGAUGAUAAAUUCCUAUUGGAUAUGGCUACCACUGCGGUUGCGGUGGGCAAGAUCGAAAUACAACGUCGUAAAGGCGAUCCCCUGCCCGAUGGUUGGGCGCAAGAUCYAACAGGCAACCAAACCAAYGAUGCUGAACUGGCUUUCAGCACUGGCUGUUUAAUGCCGCUCGGUGGCCCGGAAAUCUCCUCCGGUUACAAGGGUUACGGUCUCGGUGCUAUGGUAGAUAUACUCUCUGGUGUCUCGGCGGGCGCCAAUUACUCGACGAAGGUGCGCAAAUGGACGCAUGCGGGUGCAAAUACCGCGGCCGAUUUGGGUCAAGUGUUCAUUGCUGUGGAUCCCAAUUGCUUCGCGCCUGGUUUUGAAGAUCGUUUGACUGACUUCAACGGCCGUCUGCGUGGCUGCGAACCGACCGACCCCUCCAAGCCCGUUUUGGUCGCUGGUGACAAAGAGGACUUGAAUAUGAAAGCGGUGGACAAAGCUGGYGGCAUCCAGUACUUGGAAAAUCAACUAAAGACUUGUGCGGCUUUAGCCGAACGCUUAAAUAUUAAACCGUUAAGCUUUAAUUAAGUAGCUAAAGACAAA